UGGUUCCCCGGACACAUGGCGCGAGGGCUGAAGGACAUGAGGAAGACCCUGCGAGCCGUGGACGGCCUGCUGGAGGUGCACGACGCCCGCAUUCCGCUUUCCGGGCGGAAUCCUGUCUUGAACGAGGUCCUGGGCAUCCGUCCACAUUUGUUACUGUUGAAUAAAAUGGAUUUGGCAGAUCUGACCCAUAAGUCGAGAAUUCUGGAGCUCUUGGAACAGCAAGGUGUGCAGCACGUUGUCUUCACCGACUGCUUAACAGACGAAAAUAUAAAGAAGCUUAUUCCCAUUCUCACGGGACUGAUCAAAAACAGCCAGCGUUAUCUGAGGGCAGAGAAUGUGGAUAACAACAUCAUGGUAAUCGGUGUGCCAAAUGUGGGGAAAUCCUCAAUCAUCAAUUCACUGAGAAAGCUUCACCUCAAAAAAGGAAAAGCUGCGCCGGUUGGUGGGGCACCCGGUAUAACCAAAGCGGUUCUGACCAAGAUCCAGGUGUCUGAAAAGCCCCUCAUGUAUUUGCUGGAUACGCCUGGGGUGCUGUCUCCCCAAAUUGAGUCCGUUGAGACAGGGCUGAAGCUGGCGCUAUGUGGGGCAAUUCUCGAUCACCUGGUUGGAGUGGAGGUCAUCGCCGAUUAUCUUCUCUAUGUUCUGAACCAGCAGCAGCAGUUCAGUUACGUGGAGCGUUACGGGCUGAGUGGCCCCUGCGACGAAGUGGGGAGUGUACUCAAAAGCAUAGCACGGCACCUGGGCAAGGUGCAAAAAAUUCAGGUCCUGACUGGCACAGGGAAUGUGAAUGUAUCGGUCCCCGAUUACAACGCGGCAGCCUGUGAGUUUAUCUACACGUUCCGUAAAGGGCUUCUGGGGAAAGUAAUGCUCGAUCAAGUGGAGUGAGAUCCUUGAGUGACCUUGCUCUGGAGUUUUCUUCUGGAAAGUUCCAAGGAUCUACCAGGACCAGGAGGUAGGAGCAACACUUAAGAAAGGCUAGGCCAGUGUGACUUUGUCGAUACCGCUGGGCUAGAGGUGUGUAUAGAGUGACGGACAACUCCCUGUGUUUGCUUUGUGGAGGUGUUUGCUUUAUUCAGAAGCUCAGCUGGGUCGGGCCUUGCAGUGUCAAAGUGGCUCUUGCAGCUGAUCCUUUUGGGGGCAAGGGGUUAUUAUGCAAGCUUCCCUUGGGAGGGUCUCCCCUUGGACAUCGCUAAUCCUAGAUCAUUUCAUAUCUAUUUUCCAAUCCGUACCGUAUCUUCAGGGGAUGGGCACCAGCUUGCCUUGGAUGACAAAGCAAUAGCUGGAGAGAUCUAUUGUUUAUCUCCU